AUGGUUGACACAUGUAUUAAUGAAAAUAUUAUUUUAUUGAAGUCAUACAAUGACGGUAAUGUAAAUAGAAUUUGUCGUACAUGUAUGAAAUAUAACGUGAAUGAUCAAAAUGAAUUUCAAUCAGUAUUUAGUAUAAAUAAUUGUAAUAAUUUAUCAAUACAAAUAUCAGAUAUGAUUAUGGAAUGUACUUCUAUAGAAAUCAAAGAAAAUGAAGAAUAUCCAUUUAAAAUUAUAGAAGACAAUGAUGAUGGUGAUAAUAAAGAAGAAGAAUUGAAAGGAAAUCAAAAUAAAUACAUGUGUUCAAUAUGUAAUAAAUCAUUUAGUUUUAAUCAAAAUUUAAAACGACAUUAUAAAAUACAUACUGGAGAACGUCCUUAUAAAUGUACGAUUUGUUCAAAAUCAUUUAUACAACAGGUCACAUUAAAUGCACAUGUUCGAGUUCACACGGGGGAAAGACCUUACAAAUGUACAAUAUGUUCCAAAUCAUUUAAACAAUCAAAACAUUGUAGUUUACAUAUAAAAACACAUUCAAACAAAAAAUUAAAUAAAAUUCGUAUUAAAACUUCAAUUACAAAUAAUACCACUAAUAACAAUUAUAAAUGUACAGUAUGUACUAAAGAAUACAAUACAAAACAAUUAUUAAAACUACAUGAAGUACAACAUGGUGAAAAGAAAUAUUUAUGUAGUGAUUGUGGUAAAUCAUUUUAUACAAAAACAAGUUUAAAUCAGCAUACAAUUGUACAUACACAACUCAAAUCAUACCAAUGUACAGUGUGUUUAAAAUCAUUUGCAUAUGCAUCUUAUUUAAAAGUACAUUUAUUAACACAUACUGGAGAACGGCCAUAUAAAUGUACCGAAUGUUUUAAAACGUUCUUACAAUCAACACAUUUAAAAACACAUUAUAAAACAACACAUUCAAAUGUUAAACCAUAUCAAUGUACUGUGUGUUCAAAAGCGUUCUCAUUGAAAGGUAAUUUAAUUGUACAUGAACGUAUUCAUACCGGUGAGACACCGUACAUAUGCAAUAUAUGUAAUAAAGGUUUUUAUGAUUCAAGUUCAUUAAAAAAGCAUAUUAAAUCACAUAAAUAA